GAUUUGGAAGAGGAGACUGCUGAAGAAGCCGGCAAAUAUGGAAAGCUUAAAAAGUGUUCCAUCAAGGAGCUCACGGGCGUGCCGGAUGAUCAGGCUGUGCGAAUAUUCCUCGAGUUCGAGACUAUCCAGGACGCCACGAAGGCGCUCGUGGACAUGAACGGCAGAUAUUUCGGCGGCCGCGUGGUCAGAGCGAGGUUCUUCGACGAAGCGCGCUUCGCGAGCGGGGACCUUGCUAAGGGCCCCGACGAGUGA